AGAUGGUUUAAGGAUGAUUCAAGUUUGGCAAAUCUCAAGUUAGAAGACAGUAUUAGCAGUCAAGAGUGUCCUCAGCUGUAAGUAAAAAGAAUUUAACUCAGUACACUGCUUGACCCGAAGCGCGGACCCGACCUGUGUCCUGGCCUCGACACUGAGAUGGAAGCAUGUUCUAGAAGGCCAGGUACACCGGGGGUUGGAAAAACCAUGUUAGGCCAGGAACUUGCUUCGAGAUCAGGACUGAAAUACAUUAAUGUGGGUGAUUUAACUCGAGAAGGGCAGUUAUAUGAUGGCUAUGAUGAAGAGUAUGAUUGUCCCAUUUUAGAUGAAGAUAGAGUAGUUGAUGACUUAGAAAACCAGAUGAAUGAAGGUGGAGUUAUAGUUGAUUACCAUGGUUGUGAUUUCUUCCCCGAAUGCUGGUUUCAUACAAUUUUUGUGCUGAAAACAGAUAACACUGUACUGUACAAAAGACUUGAAACAAGGGGUUAUAAUGAGAAGAAACUAAAUGACAAUAUUCAGUGUGAAAUUUUUCAAGUUCUUUAUCAAGAAGUAUUAUCAUCCUGCAAGGAAGAAAUAGUGCAUCAGCUGCCCAGUGAUAAACCAGAAGACCUAGAGGAUAACAUCGAUCAGAUACUGAAAUGGAUUGAGCAAUGGGUCAAAGAUCAUAGCUCUUGAUUUAAAAGAGUGGCCACUUAACAAUCACUCUUGAUGUAUCUCUGCCCACAUCCUAUAAAUUGUCCAAAUAUCAGUAAAACUUCUUUAUUAAAAUUGUGCUGCAGGACUAGUAGGUGAAAAAAA